CCAUGUCAUGCCCUUACUAUUCGAAACACACGAAUGCAACUGUAGUAUUAAGGAACCGUAAUGCACGGGUGGUUCCCGAUUUGAUUUUUGGAACCGCAUUCACAUAAGCAGGAUGCGGUUUACGUCAUCCGUCGUUAUAUAUCACUGAUCGUCCGAUUGGUUUUGCCAUCGAAAUUUCAUAUGCAAAUCUAUGUCGACCGAUUAACAAAAACAAAAUGGAUCACCGUGCUUCCGUGAAACUGCACUUAAUCUCUCUGAUCCUUUUCGCUGGAAUAUGCACUGUUACAUCGGAGCUGGAUAGGAUUUUCUCACAUUGUUGCACUCUUGGGAAAAAUUACGGACGAAAUGGGGAUAAUAAUUGUGACGAAUAUCCCACACCAGUUUCCGGUGUUCAGCGGCAAGACCAGUAUUGGUGCACUGUCGCUUUGGGUGUAUGCUGUCGAGAAGAAAUCGAAGUCGGGCAAUGUGAAAAUGGAAAAACAGCAGCUCAAGAAAAUCAAGACUGCCAUAGUGAAAUAGGAGCACAAUGCUGCGACUGCUGUCAGCUGGGUCUGCUAGCGGGAAGUGCGGGUUAUGGAAAACAGUGUGAUUCGGCAACAUUCCAAAUUGCCCAGUGUAAUAAACUGUAUACAGAAUGCUGCAACUGGUCUAAACAACGCCAAGGUCAUUUCAACCGGACAGAGGGUACCGCACGUCCUGAUUCCAUUCGGACGCGCCAGAGCACGGCGUCCUCUCGACCACGUGAUCAAACGCUGGCGCAAGUCACAACACCAUGCCCCGAUGAUCCCGACGGCACGGGUCCACCCUGUUUAAAAAUGGAUCCCGUAACGGAAAGCCCGACAGGCGGCCGCUGUUUGCCGGGCUACAGUUACCAUCCCGGCAUUGGUCAGUGCUUGGACAUUAACGAGUGCAACCGUGGCCUGCACAACUGCCAGCCGGGACAGAAGUGUGUCAAUACCGUCGGCAGUUUCAAAUGCGAGGCGCCCUUAACGGACACCGGAAGUGUGCCGCACGGGCAAUGUCCACAAGGCUAUCAGAUGAAUACACGUGCUGGACGGUGUGAAGAUAUCGAUGAAUGCGCCAUGAAUAUCGAUAACUGCGAAACUGGAAUGCGCUGCGAAAACGAACCCGGCACUUUCCGAUGUAUCCGCGAGGUCAGUUGUGGUACUGGCUACACAUUUGACGCUCAUCGCCGGGAAUGCAUAGAUAACGAUGAAUGUGUGCUGGGAAAUCACAAUUGUGGAUUGGCCUACGAAUGUAUCAACACUCAAGGCUCUUUUCGUUGCACACCGAAACGAUGUCCAAAGAAAAUGCGACUGGAUUACGAGCGGGGACAGUGUAUUCAUGUUGACUGCCCGCCGGGAUUUGAGCCGAAUGAUGAAGGAAACUGUGGCGAUGUGAAUGAAUGUGCUUCCCGUGGCGCUUGCAAAAGGAAUCAAGAUUGUUUUAACACCGUUGGCUCGUUUAUGUGUCGAGAUAUGCUAAACUGCGGAGGCGGAUACCUCAUGAACGAGGAGGGAACACGCUGCAAUGAUGUGGAUGAGUGUGCGGAUGGCACCCAUACAUGCGUCGGCGGGCAGCGAUGCGAAAAUCGCCCGGGAAGCUACUACUGCUCCUGUGUAGAGGGAUUCGAAUUUGACAAUUCAAGAAAAGAAUGUGUAGACAUUGACGAAUGCAAGCGUUACGGCCUUAGUGCAUGUGUGCUGAGCGCGGAUUGUGAGAACUUUCCGGGAUCUUUUCGGUGCAUUUGCAAGGAUGGAUUCCGACAGACCGCUGAUAAUAAUUGUCAAGAUAUCGAUGAAUGCGAGGAGCAUAAUCCCUGCCAGCAAGGAUGCAUUAAUACCUGGGGCGGCUAUAACUGUACCUGUCGAACGGGCUUCAAACUGGGCGCCGAUAACCGCAGUUGUGACGAUAUCGACGAAUGCAAAGAACAGACAACGCACCAGCUUUGUUUCGGUGACUGCAUUAACGUUCCGGGGGGAUAUAAUUGUACAUGUCCGUCCGGUUUCCGUAUGUUGCCUGAUGGCCGCAAUUGUCAGGAUAUCGACGAAUGCAAAGAUGAGCAGCAGUGCAGCCGAUCGGAUCAGAUCUGCACCAACCUUGAAGGAAGCUUCCAUUGUCACACUGUGCGCUGUCCACCGGGAUACAUCCAGGAUCAGGAUCAAAAGAACCGGUGUAGGAGACGUUCACUGGUGUGUCCGAUCGGCGAUUCGGCCUGCCUGCACCAGCCAAUAUCCUUUUCGUAUAACUUCAUGGCCAUUCCCAGCAAGCCCGUUUUCCCGCCAAAUGGCCGGAUUGAUCUCUUUACAAUGCGAGGUCCGCAGCAGCCCCACACUAACGUGGAAUUCAAUUUGGAGUUGAAAAAUACCCGCUUGCUCGUUCCGACUUCCAAACCAGCUGAUCGACGGUUUUUCGAUGUGCGCUCAACCGGUUUUAACCAGGCAACCAUAUCUCUGGUGAGAGCCUUCGAUCCACAGGAAGUGGACCUGGAAAUGCAAAUGAGCAUGACAACAAAUGGAGUUUUCAGCGGAAAGGCUGUUGCCAACAUCGUGAUUAUUGUUAUGAAAACGCGAAGUUCAGACUUUAUUCCUUUGCGGUAAAUGUGGUUUUACUGGUAUAUGUAAACAGUAGUAUUACGCUGAACUGAACGAAUUCGUAUAGACGGCGAAGGUAAAAAAACGGCUGUUUUUUACGUUGGACGAAUAAAAAGCACUUUGCUCA